AAAGUAUAUUAUAAAAUAUAGUAAUUAUGAAGUUUAACUAAAUAAUUUGUUUAUAUGUAACUUAUAAAACCGCUAAAAGUAGCCGUUAGUCCAGGUAGAAGAGCAUAUAUACGCUCCUCAACUUUUGAAAGCAUGUGUAUGCCACCACCGUCAACUAUAUAUAUAAUAAAUAUAAAACCAACCUACCCACUCUCCAUUAUCAUAAUCAUCAUCAUCUUCUUCACCGGCCACCACUGAUGAGUGAACUCCAUUUUCCGACAUGGAGAUUUACAGAACAGCUUUCUCUUUCAUCCAAAUUCUAAUACUACUCUUUGCACUUCCAUUCAAAUCAAUACCAAUAUCUGAAGCUGCAGCAGCAGCCGCCGCCUGCCACAAACUAGACAAACAGGCUUUACUUACUUUCAAAACCACAAUCACCAAUGACCCUUCCGGCCUCCUCCGUUCAUGGACCCCUACCUCCGAUUGCUGCCGCACCUGGGCGGGAGUCGCCUGCAACCCUGAUGGCCGCGUUAUCAACGUCUCCCGCCCUGGCUUGGCCUCCGAUGAUGACGGCUUUCUCUACGACACCUUCAUGUCAGGAACUCUCUCCCCUUCUCUAUCCAACCUCACUUUUCUCCAACUUCUAGAUCUCAGCAACCUCAAAUCCCUCACCGGUCAUAUCCCUCCUGAGUUUGGGAACCUCUCCAAUCUCAACUUUCUAUUUUUAGAAACUAAUAAUCUCACAGGACAGAUUCCCACUUCACUCCGAUCACUUCGCAGGUUACAGAAGCUAUACUUGAGUGAUAACCACUUAUCUGGUACUAUCCCUUCAACUCUUUUUCAAUCACUCUCUUCCCUUUCUGAAUUAGGCCUUUCUGGGAAUAAACUGUUUGGCAUCGUUCCUUCUUCCAUUGGUGAACUCGUCUCAUUACGGAAACUCGACCUCCAUGAAAAUAACUUCACCGGAGCUAUACCCACUUCUAUAGGUAACCUCAAGAAACUCAUGUUUCUAGACUUAUCAGAAAAUCAAUUUUCCAAGAAAAUACCCCACACAAUUGGAGAGUUAUCCAAACUGGUGCUGCUCUACCUCAACAGUAACAGCCUCACCGGGAAAAUCCCUUCGUCCAUUUCUGGUCUCGUCUCUCUCCAGUUUUUCCGGUUAUCGGAAAACAAGCUGACCGGUGUUCUUCCCGAUUCAAUCGGUCAGCUCCCGAAAAUCCAGAGGCUGGUGUUUGAAAAUAAUCGAUUCCGCGGGAAAUUACCUUCCACCAUCGGACAAUUAAUAACUCUUACCGAUAUUUUCUUCUCCAAUAACAGAUUUUCGGGGAAGAUCCCGACGAGUUUCGGCAACUUGAGGAAUCUUCAGACGCUAGAUCUGUCGAGAAACAGACUUUCAGGUCCGAUUCCUCCUCAACUUGCGAAACUACAGAGCUUGCAGACACUUGAUGUUUCUUUCAAUCCUCUAAAGGUGAAAGAGAUGCCAAAGUGGCUUUCCAGAUUGAAUCUCUUUCGCCUGCUAAUGGCAAGAACGGGAAUCGAAGGCCAUUUGCCAAGUUGGUUGUCUUCUUCGUCAAUAUCGACUCUAGAUUUAUCAAGUAACGGGUUGAAAGGGGAAUUGCCCAUUUGGAUGGGAAACAUGUCUAACCUUUCCUUCCUAAAUCUUUCCAACAACGGAUUCACCUCUUCAAUCCCUCGAGAAUUCAACAACUUAUCCCUGCUGAUGGAUCUCGAUCUUCAUUCCAACAACUUAUCGGGCUCUCUGGAGACGGUCUUCAACAAGAGUUUGCGAGACCCACUCGGCCGCUUCAACUCCAUCGACCUCUCGUGCAAUUUCUUCUCCAGUCCAAUUGGAGAAAAUAUUGGGAAUGAACCUGCCAUGGCCUCAAUUUCUUCGUUGAUUCUCUCCCACAAUCCCCUGUGGGGAUCCAUACCGAGUUCACUGGGGAAACUGAUUGGACUGCGAGUGCUGAAACUCGAGGCUGACGGGCUUUCUGGGCGGAUUCCGCCACAGCUGGGCGAUGCACAAGAGCUGACCGAUGUGUUGCUGUCAAGGAAUGAUCUAUCCGGUUCCAUACCGGAAAAGAUAUUGAAUCUGGAAGGGCUGAAGGUUUUUGAUGUGUCCUGGAAUAGAUUGAGUGGGAGAAUUCCUCCACAUAAGGCCAUUGUUCCAGUUUCUGGAUUUUUGGGUAAUCCUGGCCUGUGUGGAGUACCACUCCCUCCAUGUACGUAAUAAUAUCUAGCUAACUCUAAUAUGUAUUAUUAAAUCAUUUUAUCAAAUAUUAAGCUCUAAAUUAUCAAAG